AUGAUUAUCCAAGACGCUAAACCACCGAUACCUCCAAACGAUGAUGUGACCUUGGAUUCUCCGCCCUCCUACGACACCCUUGUUCCGCUCGAGCGCAAACUCCUUCGCGAUGCCAAGCCAAACUAUUCAUAUUCGCCAAUUUCCAGCUCAUCCUCGUGGCCGUCUUCAGCGCAAUGUCCGACAAGCCCAUCAUCAUCCUCCUUAAGGUCGCCGACAACACCAGGGUCAUCCAAGGGGAAAGGGAAGGCGCCCAGCAGCUGGUUCAACUUUGCCGCAACCCGAACCUCCCGAGAGGUCCACACAACGGUCCUAGGCCUCGUUCGUGACCUCAUUCGCGAACACUAUGCCGAUUCUGCAGCACCAGCUGGGAUCCUUCAGAGUUGCGCCGAUGCUUGUGCAGCUCACGAUCUGGAUCUUCACACCAUCCUACAAGAGAAAUCGAUCGAAGGGCAUACACCACUCUAUUGGGCCAUCGUGAAACGGAAACCGGACGAAGAAAUCGACGACAAUUCCCAAGUUCCCGACCUCCUUACCGCCCUCUUGUCCCACUCCAGUCCACUCCAGCCCGCCACGAUAGCAGACAUUCGAUUAGCAUGCCUCGUCACGUCCGACCAAAAGCUGUUUCACCGAUUGCGCAUGUCGCCGGAGUUUUCGAAAGUCUCCGGGGCCGACCAGAUAUUGCUUGGGGCAACCCAACCCCAAGACGAGAUUGAAGUCCACGAAGUUGCCGCCGAUGACGGCUCUUUCGCAGUCGAUUUCGUGAUACCCCACUUCCAGAAGCGACUGAUGGUGACGAAGUUGAUUGAACUAGAGUUCAUAGCUCGCAGUCGAAUGUGGCGGCUCGCGUUCGUUGUGGCCAAGUCCUACCAGUAUACGGGUAUACAAGGUGGUUCUUGGUGUGUUGAGCUGUCGUUACAACCGAAUAGCCCUCCGACAUGGCUCGACGGACAACUCGUUAUCAGCGACCCCACCCUUGCUUAUUCCUCUACGCGCUCAAGUCCUCGAAGUUCACCCCUCCUGUCGAGAUUUACUCUAAAUGGCGAUACUAAUCCGAAACCACCAAUCGCCAUUCGCAUGAAGACCGGUUUUAGCCAGUUAUCAGCGCCCGGUGGGGCAACGCCUGGGGGGAAUACUAUCGUCGUGGCUUUGGAGAAGAAUCCAUCUGCGAGCACUCUCCAAUAUAGUGGCACGUCGUACAUUGCACCGGACGAGAAACUCCGCGCUCGAUUUGAAGCACGAUUACAGAAGUCCGAGGACAAUCAAGAGUGUAUCAUCUGUUAA